UAGAUGCUCAAUUGGAUAGGGACAAAACGAGAAGCAAACACCAAUCCAUAUAAAUCAAGUUUGAAUCACUCCUAUAUUUAACUAUAGAAUGGGUGAGGUUGCGGUCAAGCCAACAAUUGACAUAAUUGUGUGUGCUACCACAAACAAUACUACUAAUGCUAAACCAAUCACCAAGCCAUCACAUUCACAGUCACAACCAUUCUUAACUAAGAUCCAUGCAGGCUACUUUUUCAUUUGUGUUUCCUUUGGUGCUCAAGCUUUGCUAUGGAAGAGUUUAAGUGAACAUAACAAUGAAUCACAAACUCUUUGGCAUGGAUUUAAUUUCAUGCCUUCUGUUGCUUAUCUAUUACUUUGGUGUCUUGCAGUACUCAUUGCAGCCACCUUGUCUUUUCUUUAUAUGCUCAAGUCCAUCUUGCACUUUAAUGCAGUGAAUGAUGAGUUUGCACAUCAUAUUGGAGUUAACUACAUGUAUACUCCUUGGAUUUCAUAUCUUCUCAUGCUGCAAGCAUCACCGCCUUGGAUUGUUUCGAGAACUUGUUACUAUGAGUUUCUUUGUCUAGCAUUUUCUUUUGUAAUAUUUCUGCUUGAUGUAAAACUUUUUGGACAAUGGUUCACUACUGAAAAGAGGUUUCUGUCAGUAGUAGCAAACCCUGUCAACCUGGUUUCUGUUAUAGGGAACUUGGUGGCUGCUCAAGUUAUGACUGAAAUUGGUUGGAACGAGAUUGCAAUUUCAAUGUAUUCAUUAGGAAUGGUACAUUAUUUGAUUCUAUUUGUGACGCUGUAUCAGCGUCUAACAAGUAGUAAUCAGUUUCCUGUAGUGCUAAGGCCAGCUUAUUUUUUGUUUUUUGCUGCACCAAGCAUGGCAAGUCUUGCUUGGAAAUCCAUCUCAGGUGCUUUUCUCAUCUCAUCGAAGAUGCUGUUCUUUCUCUCUUUGUUCCUUUUUAUAUCUCAGGCUUGCAGACCAGCACUGUUCAAGAAAACUAUGAAAAGGUUAAACGUUACAUGGUGGAUUUACUCAUUCCCUUUAACAUUCCUUGGUUUAGCUUGUGCUGAAUAUGCUCAUGAGGUGAAAAGUAGUAUGGCCUCUGCUUUAAUGCUGGUGAUAUGUAUUGUGUCUGUUCUGGUUUUUGUCUUUUUGAUGCUAACCACUGUGCUCAAAGUUGAGAAGCUGCUGCAUAAAAAAGCUCCUAGUAAAUGAAUUAUGAUGUCUCUAAUCCAAAAACUGGUUAGUUAUAUAAUGAAAUGGAUGCCGAGCUGGCCUAACUCCUUUCUUUCCAUUGGAAGGAAGCAAAUGAAAGUAGACCAACUUGUCUGAAUAUACUUUACCCUUUACUCUUCUUUCCAAAUUGUCUUCAUGAAGCAUGUAUGAUUUGGAUAAAAAGGACUAUUGGAAAAUUAUAAAUAUUAGUAUCAAACAAACUAAGACAAGCAAAA